AUAGAAUGGUAGGGGAAACGGGAAAUCAAAUACACUCUCCAAUAUUGUGUGUUGUGUGUAAAUUAAUAUAAAUAGUUGUUGACGCGAAAAGGCAGACAAUAUUUCCAUAACAUGUUGAUAUAAAUUUUCUUAAAGUAGUACCAAUAGGUGCCGUUAAUAUGUGUAGUUCAAAGGGUUAAAUUGAAAAACAGUUAUGUAGUUUGUGUGUAGUUUUUUCUAAAUUUGUGUUGUUUAUUACCUACUCGUAUUUUUAAUUAUGAAGACUGAUGGGAUUUUAUUUUUAUUACUAAUUCCUAGUAUUACUUUCCUUCAGGUGACUUUUGGUGCAGAAUUGGUCAUUCAUAUCCCUGGGAAUUUAGGACAAGAUGGCGUUGUUUAUAGACUAGAUUAUUUCCCUCCAAUCGGUCAUCCGGCACCGAAUACCACCAUCGCUUCCAAAGAUAUUAGAGAUGUCAUUAAAUUUUCUCAAGCUCUACCUGGAACUAAGUAUGACUUCUGGUUGUAUUAUUCUAAUGCUACGCACAACAUGCUAACUUGGACUGCCAAUUUUACAACAGUACCUGAUCCACCUUCCGGCCUAUCGGUAGACGUCAGAAGUGGAAAAACCGCCAUUAUAUCAUGGGAAUCUCCUACCCAGGGGAGCUUCACUAGUUUUAAACUCAAGAUAAAUCCUCUAGUUCACAUUUCGGAACAAAAACAACAACCUAUUAUCAUCGAUAACGUAGAUAACAACAUGUACGUUUUAAAGGAUCUCGUACCAGGAGCUACGUAUCAAGUACAAGCGUUCACAGUUUUCGAAAACAAAGAAAGCGUCGCAUACACUUCCAGAAAUUUCACUACAAAACCUAACACACCGGGAAAAUUCAUAGUAUGGUUCAGGAACGAAACUACCUUACUAGUUUUAUGGCAACCCCCUUAUCCGGCAGCUAUUUAUUCCCACUACAAAGUAUCCAUAGAUCCACCAGAUGCGAACGAUAGUGUUCUUUAUGUAGAAAAAGAAGGAGAACCUCCUGGACCUGCACAGGCGGCUUUUAAAGGAUUAAUACCGGGUAGAGCUUAUAAUAUUUCCGUACAAACUAUGUCAGAAGAUGAAAUUUCCACACCUACCACUGCUCAGUAUAGGACAGUGCCUUUAAAACCACAAAGAAUUUACUUCGACAGGGAUAAGAUUACAUCCCAUUCGUUUGUCGUACAUUGGGAUCCUCCUAGUGGGAAAAGUGAAUUCGACAAGUAUCAAAUAUCGUUGGGAACCGUACGGAAGCCGCCCCCGGUUCCAAGAUCGAAAGAAGACUUGACAUUUUGGGAAUUUAAAGAUAAUUUAGAACCUGGUAAAACCUAUUCCGUUGUAGUUAAAACAGUAUCAGGCAAGGUGACAUCGUGGCCGGUCAGCAGUGAGGUGACGUUAAAACCACUACCAGUGAAAUAUUUACGAACAACUACCGAUCCAAAAACUGGUACGGUUAGUAUCUUCUGGAGUCCCGAUCCGGCUAGUACACAAGAAGGAUAUUUGGUAUCGUAUCAUGAAGCAGAAAGUACAACGGGCGAUAGUAACACCAUUACUACAAAUCAAACGGAAAUAAGUCUGGAAGCUUUAUUGCCCGGUAGAAAUUAUUCAUUGACAAUUCAAACUGUCUCUAAAGAUCAACUGUCAACAGAAGAAUCACUUUAUGUGGCGACCAAACCUAGCGCACCUGUUAUAGAAGAUCUUAGACCGAUGAUCGACGGUCUUAACAUUAGCUGGAAAUCUGAUGUCAAUUCAAAACAAGAUAAAUUCGAAAUUCAAUGGAUAAGAAACGAUACGCACGAAAGAAAUAUUAGAACGAGCUACGAAUCAAAGAUAAUAUUGAGUCAUCUUUAUCCGGGUGCUGGAUAUCUGGUUAAAGUGUUUGCAAUAUCACACGGUUUGAAAAGUGAACCGCAUGAAUAUUUUCAACCUGUAUUUCCGAGACCUCCCAGGAACAUGUCUAUCGAAAAUACGAAUACAACAACUAAUUCGGUGAUCGUUCAAUGGUCAGCUCCGACAGAUUCCUUAAUAUCCGAAUACGCGAUACGUUAUAGGACCGAAAGUGAUAACCAAUGGGUUAGACUACCUGCCGUCCAAAAUACCGAAGCCGAAGUGGCCGACAUGACACCAGGAGAACGGUACACAAUCCAAGUGAAUACAGUGAGUUACGGUUUGGAAAGUAACGAACCGCAACAAUUAAAUUAUACAGUCAGACCGAAUCCAGUGUCGAAUAUUAAUCCUGUAGUGGAUUCGAACAAUGUAACAUUGGUAUGGCCUAGACCGGAUGGUAGAGUCGAUGUUUACAUUGUCAAAUGGCGUGAAUCUAUUAAUCCAACGAAUACGAAUAAACAAAAUAUCAAUCAAACUCAAAAUGGAACUGGUCCUAUUAGAAUGUUGAUAAACGAUUUAAUGCCUGGUGUCGAAUACACUUUUGAAAUUCGAGCCAUUUCCAACGAUUUAGAAAGCGAAACAACCGUCGUAAAAGCACGUACAAUGCCAUUGAUUCAAUCGGAAGUAGUAGUUGUAAAUAAUCAACAAUCAACUGAUACGAUCAGUCUCAGAUAUACGCCGACGCCUAUUAGUAUUUCUAGAUUCGAUACUUAUAAAUUUUCAUUGUCUGAUCCGACUAUUCCGGAUAAAGAAAAAUCCGCCAACGAUUCGGAUAGAUUCGUUACUUUCACCGGACUGGUUCCUGGUAGAUUAUAUAACAUCACAGUAUGGACUCUUUCAGAGGAUGUACCGAGUCAACCAUUGCAAAGGCAGGAUAGAUUGUAUCCUGAACCGAUAACUGGCAUUAACUCGACGUAUAUCUCCAAUACUGAAGUAACUUUAACUUGGUCUUUACCUCACGGAGAAUUUAACGCUUUCGAAGUACAAUAUUUAACUACGGAAAAUAUUUUCAUUCAAAAUCUGACUACGCACAAUUCUAUAACAAUAAACGAUUUAAAACCCCAUAGGAAUUAUACAUUUACCGUUAUUGUAAGAAGUGGUACAGAAUCUAGUAUAUUAAGAAGAUCUUUGCCGGUUUCAGCUAUUUUUACCACUAAAGAAUCGGUACCGGGAAAAGUAGAAAAAUUCGAACCCGUCGAUAUUCAACCAGGAGAAAUACAUUUUGAAUGGGCCCUACCAAUGACCGAACAAAACGGCGUUAUAAGAAAAUUCACGAUAACGUAUGGCCUAGAGGGAUCUUCUCACAAACUUUCCCAAGAUUUUUCUCCCAAUCAAUUUAGAGGAACGAUAAAACAGUUAGAACCGGGAAAAACUUACGUUUUUUACAUACAAGCGCAAACGAAAGUUGGUUUCGGUCCGGAAAAUUCGUGGAAACAAAAAAUGCCUAUAACCGCACCUCCCGAACCACCUCCACAAGUCGUGCCAACUGAAGUGUGUAAAAGUCCGACAUCGAUUCAGAUACGAUUCAGAAAGAACUAUUUUAGUGACGUCAACGGACCGGUUAUCUCGUAUGCCAUCAUCGUAGCAGAAGAUGAUUCCAAAAAUGCUUCCGGUUUAGAAAUGCCUAGUUGGAGAGACGUCCAAGCUUAUUCAGUUUGGCCCCCUUAUCAAGUUAACGAACCUUAUUACCCGUUCGUGAAUAGUUCUCUUUUGGUUGAAGAUUUUACAAUCGGCGGACAAUCGUGUGAUAUAAGACAAGUAGGUUAUUGUAAUGGCCCUUUGAAAUCGGGAGCUACGUAUAAAGUUAAGAUAAGGGCGUUUACGGCAACAGAUAAAUUCACCGAUACCAGUUACAGUUUUCCAAUUCAAACAGAUCAAGAUAAUACGCCGAUCGUCCUUGGCGUUAUAAUUCCUGUUGUUCUCAUCACUUUACUAUUCAUAACUGUUAUCGUUAUUAGGAGGAAAAGGGCGGCCGGGAAAAGAAAAGCGACAGAGGCUCGCACGAAUGACAGUAUGUCGUUACCAGAUUCAGUUAUCGAGACCAGUAGACCUGUUAGGAUUGAAAAUUUCGCGAAUCAUUAUAGGAUCAUGUCCGCAGAUUCGGACUUCCGAUUCAGUGAAGAAUUUGAAGAACUCAAACACGUCGGACGGGACCAACCUUGCACUUUUGCCGAUUUACCUUGCAACCGACCGAAAAAUAGAUUCACAAAUAUUUUACCAUACGAUCAUUCCAGAUUUAAACUUCAACCUGUAGAUGAUGAAGAAGGAUCUGAUUAUGUUAACGCAAAUUACGUGCCAGGUUACAAUUCUCCGAGAGAAUUUGUUGUUACUCAAGGUCCUUUACAUUCUACAAGGGACGAUUUUUGGCGUAUGGUGUGGGAAUCGAAUUCUAGAUCGAUUAUCAUGUUAACUCGAUGCGUGGAAAAGGGCAGAGAAAAAUGCGACCAUUAUUGGCCUUAUGACACCAUGCCAGUAUAUUAUGGCGAUAUAUCCGUACAAAUAUUAAACGAAUCACGGUAUCCUGAUUGGAAUGUGUCCGAAUUCAUGGUGUGCCGAGGCGAGACGCAAAGGAUUGUACGACAUUUUCACUUCACCACUUGGCCGGACUUUGGAGUACCUAAUCCGCCUCAUACGUUAGUUAGGUUCGUUAGAGCGUUUAGAGAGAAGGUACCGCCGGAUCAGAGACCAAUUGUUGUUCACUGCAGCGCUGGCGUUGGUCGAUCGGGAACUUUUAUAUGUUUAGAUCGUAUACUCCAACAAAUUUUAAAGAGCGACUACGUCGAUAUAUUCGGUAUAGUUUACGCCAUGAGAAAAGAGAGAGUAUGGAUGGUUCAAACUGAACAACAAUAUAUCUGCAUACAUCAGUGCCUUUUGGCCGUAUUAGAAGGUAUAGAUUUAUCUUCUUCACCCAGAGAGAUACAUGAGAAUCAAGGAUUUGAAGAUGACGAAGGAAUAGCUGAAUCUGGAAUGUAAGGAAAUCAGAAAUCUGGUUUGAAUUUUAACGGAAAAAAUAUGUAUAUAUAUAUAUAUUUUGUAUGCAGGUAUUACAAGUAUUUUUUAUUUCAAAUUCAAACUAAAAACAUUAGAUCUUGAAUAUUUUUAUAUGAAGCAAUUUUUAUUCAUCUUUUUUUUUAAUGUUCUCUAUUGAGAUAAUUACCAAUUACGUACGACACAUAUAAUUAUAUUGAACAAAGUUACAUUUUACUUAUAAUUGAUUAAAUUUAUUUUUAUUGUUGUUAAACGUUGUUUAUGACAUUUGAAUGAAAGAGGAGAAGCUUAUGGUCAACAUAAAUUUAUUUAUUUGAUAUAAUAAAAUUUCCAUGAUUCUGUCUUACAUAGAACACAACAUUUAUUACCCACGUCACUUCCUAUUUAAGAAGAAUGUUUGAGUCCCAUGGUGUGUUAGAGAGAGAUAUUCAGAUGUCUUAGGGUAGCAAAAUAAAAAUUAUCAUUUAUUUUCUCUCUCUUUGUCAUUUGGUCACUUUUUAACACAUUGUUAACAACUUUUGAUUGAUCAAAAGUACUUUACUUUGCUAUUGAUGUUGAUCUUAAUUUUGUCUUUAACCUUUUAUGAGACUAAAUUAGUCACCAAACCUUUUUUAACGCCAUAAUGUUCUUUAAUGUUUAUGUUUCUAUCACUAAACUGUCUUUUUUUGGUAAUUGAUGGUAAAUAGCAUGUGUUAUUUGAACGAAAGAGGAGAAGCUUGUGUGUCAACAUAAACAUAAAUGUAUCUACUUGACGUAAUAAAAUUUCCAUGAUUCUGUCUUACAUAGAACACAACAUUCAGUACCUCACGUCACUUCCUAUUUAAGAAGAAUGUUCGAGUCCCAUGGUGUGUUAGAGAGAGAUAUUCAGAUGUCUUAAGGUAGCAAAACAAAAAUUAUAAAGAAAAUAAAUUGUCAUUUAUUUUCCCUCUCUUCAUUUCUUAAUCAAAAAGAAUGAUUGUUAUUUGUCACUUUUCAACACAUUGUUAUUAACAGCUUCUGAUUGAUCAAAGAUACUUUGCUAUUGAUGUUGAUCUCAAUAUUUUUGUCUUUAACAGUUUAUGAUACUAAAUUAGUCACCAAACCUUUUUUAACGCCAUAAUGUUCUUUGAUGUUUAUGUUUUUAUCACUAAACGGUUUUUUUGUUAAUUGAUGGUAAAUAGCAUGUGUUAUUUGAACGAAAGAGGAGAAGCUUGUGUGUCAACAUAAACAUAAAUGUAUCUACUUGACGUAAUAAAAUUUCCAUGAUUCUGUCUUACAAAGAACACAACAUUCAUUACCUCACGUCACUUCCUAUUUAAGAAGAAUGUUCGAGUCUCAUGGUGUGUUAGAGAGAGAUAUUCAGAUGUCUUAAGGUAGCAAAACAAAAAUUAUAAAGAAAAUAAAUUGUCAUUUAUUUUCCCUCUCUUCAUUUCUUAAUCAAAAAGAAUGAUUGUUAUUUGUUACUUUUCAACACAUUGUUAUUAACAGCUUCUGAUUGAUCAAAGGUACUUUGCUAUUGAUGUUGAUCUCAAUAUUUUUGUCUUUAACAGUUUAUGAUACUAAAUUAGUCACGAAACCUUUUUUAACGCCAUAAUGUUUUUUUUGUUAAUUGGUGGUAAAUAGCAUGUGUUAUUUGAUUGAAAGACGAGAAGCUUGUGGUCAACAUAAAUGUAUCUACUCCACAUAAUAAAAUUUCCAUGAUUCUGUCUUACAUAGAACACAACAUUCAUUACCUACGUCACUUCCUAUUUAAGAAGAAUGUUUGCGUCCCAUGGUGUAUUAGAGAGAGAGAGAGAGAGAGAGAGAGAGAUGUCUUAGGAUAUUUCACGAUUUUAUAUCUCAUUAAACUGGUUUUUUGGUUAUUGUUGCAAAUAUUUGUUGUUCACUUUUCACUGGUUUUUGAUCAUAAGCAUCCUUCUGUUAUGGAUACAAAUUUACAAAUUUUGCGGACCAUGCAAGAUAUAUGACGUUUUUAAUAUAGUUAAAAGUACUGUGAUAAUUUCUUUAAUGUUAAUAUUCGAAUGCUUCAAGUUUAUACUAACAUUUAUCCCUAUCAAGUAUUGUACUUAAUUUUAGUUUUGGUAAAUAUUUAGAAGUGGGGCUCCACCCCAAACUUACUCUAAAAAUUUUUCGCGCAUAUAGAAUUGUUUUUUAGGGCUCCGAAAGUACUUUAAAGGUGGUGGAGACGCAUAUUAUACGUUAUUGAUUACCUUAUGUAUAUUGAAUGCCCAUAAUUAUAAAAAACAAGCAAAAAUUUGUCAGCGAAGAUAAAGAAUAAAAUCACCAGAAAUCUACUAAAAUUUACUUUGAUUUAAAGUGAAGGUAGAUAGAGGACGAUUUAGCAUACAUUCCGAGGUUUUAUUGAAUUUUUAGAAAGGAGUGGGAGGUGGAUAACGAAUUAAUUUCUUCAAAAACUCAAUUGUUAGAAUAAAUAAAUUCGAAAUGACUACUGUGCCACAAUACAUGAACAAAGGAAUAUUCAAAAUGUUUGAAGAAAAACGUAAAAAGCCGAAGGGCAUGUUACAAAUUAUGUUAAAAAUAGAAAAUUUUUUUUACGAUCAACCCUUGAAGAAAAUGUUUUUUCCACCUUAACAUAACUGAUUUUACCCCUAAAAGUAUCUGAAGUGCAGCAAAAAAUUUUUGUAGUACGUUUUGGGGUGGAACCCCACUUCUAAAUAUUUACCUUAGUUUUUAAAUAAAUAUUUUAUCUAUAAA